AUGGCGCAAGAACCUGGCCUUUUCUCCGUCCGGAGACCGCGCGAGACACUCGGCGGCAUCAACAGCAACGUUUCCGCCAUCCCCAUGCCGCAGUCGGCCAUGAAGCGCUCGACAUCCAACACGAACCUCAACCACGGGCGCUCGACGUCUGGCGGCCGCAUGUCGCUGGCGCCGGGCCUGGGCCGUCCCGCCCAGCCCAACUUCAAUCGCUCGUCGUCGGGCAACAACCUCGCCGACAUGGGCUUCGCCUCCGUCCACAGGCAGUCCAACGCCAACAUGUUCGCCAGCGGCGGCAGGAAGAGCUAUGCGCCGGGCGUCAUGGCCACGCCUGCCCCGCAGAUGUCGCUCGACCAGGGCUCCCAGCGCCGCAGCAGCGUGUGGAGCGCGCGGCCGUCGACUGGCGGCGGCGCCAUGGGCACCCACCAGAGCUUCUUCGCUACCGCCCCUGUCCCGCAGGCUAUUCCCCAGGACCCUCGUCGCUUGAAGGACGCGAACGUCCGCGCUCAGAUGGCCCAGGAUCUCAUGGAGUACCUGACGCACCACAACUUUGAAAUGGACAUGAAGCACUCGCUCACACACAAGUCGAUGACUUCGCCCACCCAAAAGGACUUCAAUUGCAUGUUCCAAUGGCUCUACCACCGCAUCGAUCCUAGCUACCGCUUCCAGAAGAACAUUGACCAGGAAGUUCCCCCUCUUCUCAAGCAGAUGCGCUACCCUUUUGAAAAGAGCAUCAUGAAGUCGCAAAUCGCAGCCGUCGGUGGCAACAAUUGGCCAACCUUCUUGGGCUUGUUGCACUGGAUGAUGCAGUUGGCGCAGAUGUUGGAGCAGUACUCUUCGGGCGCCUAUGACGAUGCGUGCAUGGAGGCUGGCUACGAUGUCAGCGGCGAUCGCAUCAUCUUCCAGUUCUUGACGGACGCCUACCGGGAGUGGCUGCAGGUGGAAGACGACGCUGACGACGAGGCCGAGAAGCUGAUCCAAAGGCACGUCGACAGCAUGGCCGCAAAGUUCGACCACGCAAACGCAGCGCAUUUGGAGCAAGUCAAGGUGCUCGAGGCUGAGCACAAGGCGCUGCAGGACCAGAUUGACGAGCUCAGCAAGAAUGGACCCAGAAUCGCCAAGCUGGACGAACAAAUCAAAAUCCUCGAAGAAGACCGUGUCAAGUUCGAAAACUACAACAACAACAUGGAGGCCAAGGUUGAAAAGUACCAGAACCGCGCCAAGCUCCUCGACGACGAGAUCAAGAAGAUCGAAGCCGAGCUCGAGGAGGCUGAGCAGGAGAAGUCCAACCUCCAGGAGAUGGUCGACAAGCAGGGCAUCACCAUCCAGGACAUUGACCGCAUGAACACGGAGCGCGAGCGUCUGCAAAAGGGCGUCGAGUCCACCAGCAUGCGCCUGGAGGAAGCGCGCAAAAAGAUCUCAGAAAAGGAGUAUGAGGCCAGCCGCAAGCUUGACGAGCUGGAGCGCAAGGUCGAGAAGUACAACUCGAUGGGGUACGAGAUUGGCAUUAUCCCUGCCAGCGCCCCGAACGCCAACAACAGGGACUACGAGCUUGUCCUUACGCUCAGCGAGGGCCCCAACUUUAGCGCAUCCCAGAUGGGCAACUCCCAGGACUCGAGCAACCGCCUGCUGGCGGAGAACGGUAACGGCUAUCAAUACCCUGACCUUCUCAACAUGGACCCGCGUCGCGACCUGAAGAACAACAUCCUGAGCUUGCGCAAGGAAAUUCGGGACCGCUUGUCGGCGGCGCAAGAGGACGACUUUGCGAACCACGUGAUACUCGACCAGGUCAAGGAGGCGAUGGAGGACAAGCUGUCGGAAGUCGAGGAUCUGGGCCACCGCGUGCGGGCUGCCGAAGAGGAGUUUGAGAAGACGCGCGAGAUCACGACGGCGCAGAAGAUGGCGUCGGACACGCAGAUUGAGCGCAUGGAAAAGGAGCUGGCGAAGAUGCGGACAGGGCUGAGUGAGAGCGUGCAGCUGAUGGAGCAGAGGGAGAUGAACACGAACAUUGAGUACGAACAGCUGCAGCUCCGAGCUUCGGAUCUGAGAGAGCAGCUGCACACGGAGAUUGAACGCAUGCUUAACGACGUCAUCAAGUUCAAGGUGCAUAUCCAGAAGAGCCUGGAGGACUACGAACAGUUUGUGGCCGAGGAGGUGGAGCGCGAGUGCGAGGAGCAGGACAUGCAGGGAGAUGAGAUGGACGGGGUCGAGGAGACGUGA